UGUGUGCGUGUGAUUUAAACUCAAAAUUCGAGGUAAACCCCGCCGGGGUGGCGAGGCAAUCGUUGGAACAAGUCUAGGGAGCUGUAGAUUACCGAGCAGUGAUUAACGUAAUUUAAACUCAUUUUAUGGUCAUCAUACACGGACGCUCUGGUCUAGGAGUGUGUAGAAACUGCGCAAUCUUGGAACCAAACCGGAAAGGAAUUAGGGAAACUAAAAGCAAAACACAAACCCCCCUUGGUCCAUUUCGUCGAUAAUUUAAACCCCCUCUAUUAAAGCCGUUGUUGGGAAGAUUGACCAAGUGAAGCCUAACUAAUCCCGAGCGCAGUGGUACGAUCUCGUAAAACAACCAAGCUCCAACAUUCAAGCCAACGGCAACGCAGCGUGGAGAUAAGUUAUUUCGGCGCCUUAAAUUGGAACCGCGGGAAACAUUUUGUUAAUUAAUUAAUACCAACGUCCAGCGCGUUGUUCUAGUCGACAAUUUGGCGGUAACGGCGGCACAGUGGAACGACAACGAGUGCGAGUGGAAGCGGAAUAAAAACGAUGCCCCAAACCGGGCACUAACUGGCUGGCCGACAAAUCCGUCAUAAAGACGCAGCGACAACAACAAAAUCAUGCUGCAACGAUUUAAAUUGAUUUGAAUGCUGCUAGUGAGACACCAGACACAAGUGGAGCAUCGAACGGACGGAUUGUAUUUAAUACCUAAUUUCCGUUAAUCUUACAAUUGUUGCAACGGCUAAUAUACUUAGCCGCUGGCAAACCAUACCCACACCAAUUGGUUGUUCCGGUUAUGCGAAUUGUUUAUUGCGGCUGGAAUCACUUUUGACAAUUGUGACAGUGGACGAGUGGCCUAGUGGUGCGCCUGACGCGCGAUGACUCUGGUGGCCAGUGCAGUGUAAGUGAAUGAGAUUAUUUUGUUCGCUCCGUAUCAUUCCCCCUUUCGUGGCGGGUAAUCAAAACACAACCGCGGAAUGAACGUUUAUUGGCACAAUCACAACAGUUGCCCUGUGCGUUUCACAGCCUCCCGUUGGAACGUUGACAACUGUCAAUUGUGAAGUGAGGUAGCCGUGUGUUGUUUCCCCCAUCGUAGUGAGCUGUGCAGUUCGAAAGGUGUCCACAACUGUUUGCCAAAAGGGAAGUGUAUGAUUGUGCAGAAUCGUUACCACUGCAACAGUGAUUGAGUGGCUAGGUGUGCCUAGUGCGUCAUAUGUCCAAUACAACCUCAAAUAAAGGAAAAGCACUUGGUGGCAUGAUAACGGAAAAUUCAAAUAGUAGCUCAGCAGUUUCUUUGUUAUCUGCAUAGUAGGCUGCAGAACCGGUGAGCUAGAGAGAGAGAAAAUUAAACUGUCAAACGGCGUUACUCAGUCUAAUCGGGAGCGCUUAGACCACGAAUUUGGAAAAGUGCGCAAUGUGCUUCAUACUAAAACUCCAACAUAUAGUGAGUGUUGUAUAGAACCAAAAAAAAACUUCCAAUUCCGAGCAAGAUUUCUUCAAACAACACCAUCAUCAUCGUAGUGAAACCCUGAUCUGCAUCAAGUGCUAUCCCGGAAAAUGGCGGACGUCGAGUCGCAGAAGAUAUGCGUCAAAGCAAAGUCCAAGAUCACGUUUCCCGUUGCCAUCGACGCGUUGAUAUUGGUGCUAGUCGCCUGUUUUCUGAUACUGACCGAACUGGGGCUGCUGCCACAAGUGGUAAAACGCGGCUACUACUGCAACGAUCAAUCGAUCCAGCAUAAGUACACGGGCGAUACGAUAUCAACCGUCACCAUACUGCUCAGCGGCCUGAUACCCAUCGUGCUGAUAUGGUUGACGGAAGCACUCUUCUACACACCAUCGAUCAGUCUGAGCAAAACCGAAACCGAAUCGCGAUGCCGUGGUUCGUGGCGGGAAGCUUUGUACUGGUCCAAAAAGUAUGUCCGCGGACUUGUUACCAUGCUAGUGAUCAUCGGUACAAUAAAGAUUUUCCUUGGUGAAUUACGACCCCACUUCAUAAACACCUGCCGGCCGGACGUCGAAUGCAAGGGCACCGACUACGUCAGCUCGUACACAUGCACCAACAGUGAGGAAAGUUUGUACUUCGUGCGUGACGCCAGCAAAUCCUUCCCCUCGGGUCAUUCCGCCAUGUCCGUGUUUGAGGCAAUCUUUCUCAUCUGGUAUCUGGAGAAGCGAGUACCCCGGUUGCGGACACUGUUCACCGUACCGUUGCUCCAGAUGGUCUUCAUGUGCUGGGCAGUGUUUUGCUCGCUUUCGCGCAUCACCGACCAUCGGCAUCACUGGUGGGAUGUACUGGCCGGUACGGUGGCGGGAUGUGCUACUGCCUUUAUGACGUGCCUUUUCGGAUGUCACAACUUCGACACAAGCAAACGGAAACGGAAGAGUUCCGUGUACACGGAUCACGAUCACAAACUGAUCAACACGGGUAGCGGGAAUGCAGGCACCAUCGGUACACCGUUGCACAAGGAGGAGAUCAAUCUGAAUAACGUGAUCCAUGCCUGACCGCACAGUUGGAAGAGAGCCUUGGGCAAGAACCAGUCGGAACCCACAGUUCCCGCUGCCCGUAUUCCACAGAAACAGUAUUUUGCGCUAUGUAUUGUAUGACGAUUCGUUGCGUUGUUAGAUGUGGGAACAUGUUGUUCUAUGUUCGCUGCAGAAUUUAGCCAACUUUCACGCACCAUUGCAAUGGGAAGAGAGUAGAAAUAAUAUGGCAAACUCCACCACCAAGCGCGGGAUGAGCUGGAGAGCACAUACAUUCUCUUGUCGUAGGUAGAGCACAUGCGAACUUCUUCCCGCGCGCUGUCGAGCGGCGACGGUAUUGUGAUAUUAUUCUAUAAGUCAUAAUCUUAUACAAACAGACAAACACACCCAAAACUCUCACCCCCCCCCAGAAGUCACCUUUACAGAAAUAGUCACAAAAAAGGGAAAACAUCUCGCAAAAGCUUAAAGUAUCCUUAAACAAUCGUCUUCAGCCGUUGAAGCAAAAACAUGUGCCAAAACCGAAAGUCAAUCUGUCGAACGACAAUAUAAAUGCAAUAGGAUAAAUUAGAUGAAGGACUAAAUUUAUCAAACAAAUGUAAUAAUGUAACGUUAUGCUAAAUGCAAACAAAUAGAUAUUUAGAGUCAGCUUUUACUACGAUAGUUAAAACAAGAGGAUAGUAGUCAUUACAACCAUACUGGGAUUAGAGGGAGCACGCUGGAAAAAGGGAUUUUAUUAUAUUAUUUUACAGACAAUAUUAAGAGAAAAUAUAUGUAUUUGUAUUAUUUAUUAACAUUCACAAUGAAACAAACAAGCCCGAAAGUUUGUCUGUUUGAGCGGUGAAGUUAAAGAAAUAAAGCCUGAAAGCUUUUGAUG